AUGACGUCGAAUCAGAAGAAAAGAAAAUGGAUUAUUCCUUUACUCACCCAGUCUGUUUGUAUAGCAGUUUAUUGUGCUAAAUUAUCAAAAGGUCAGCAGUUUAACCUGACAGGAUCUCCGAAGAUUCCGGUUCUUGGAGAAGAGUUUACUUGGACAUGUGAAGCUUUUGUACCUCCUGGGGAAAGAUCUGCUGAUGUUCGCUUUUACAGAAACAGCUACAGUUCUGUUUUAGCUGCAGUUAUUGGUUCCAAGUGUUAUACCUUUGGUAGAGAUCCGAGAUAUAUCAUUGAAUGUUUGUCCAAAUCAACCUUUACGUUGACUAUACCUGCAGAAAACAUGACUGAAUAUGAGCAAAACAGUAUCUGGAGUUGUAGAUGUUCUGAUAAUGAGCUAUAUCAAAGUCCGGAAGUCAUCCUCAAUAUUGAAAGUCUAGGACCACCGCAUGUGCCGCUAAAUUUAUGGCGAUAUUUUUUUGUACUUGAGAAGACCAAUCUCUCUGUAAACUGUGGCGCAGCGUAUAGAAAUUCUUCUAUUGUUUCUUGGGGAAGGUUUGGCAAUAAUUCCUUCCAUCAAAAUGGAACAACACUUGAGCUUUUUCACACAUUGAGAAAUAGCUCCGAUACCUACUACUGCAUAGCAAAAAACCUCUACAGCAAUGGCGACAAAGAGACGGUGCUGCAAUUUAACAAUGUUGAUGUUUUGUAUGAGCCGUCUGUGUCCUCUUUGAGUAAUCAUACCAUUCUAGAAGGAGAAGAUCUGUUAGUCACCUGUAACGUGACAGCUGGACACCCAAGAUCUUUUGUUGUCUUCUGGACAAAGGCAGACAACCCGAACUUUAGAUUUAAUGGAACCACUCUCAUUAUAUAUAGAAUACAAAGAACCAGUUCUGGUACCUAUAGAUGUACGGCGGAAAACUACUACAAUUAUCUUGGGAAAGGGACGAGCAGUCAAACGAUGUUCGUUAAUGUUUUUUAUCCUCCGACAGUGUACACAUUCGACCACCAAAGGAUUUUAGAGGGUGGGAAUCUUUCAGCCGCCUGCAAUGUGGUUCCUGGAAAUCCAAGUUCUUUUAUUGUCUACUGGACCAAGCUUGACAAUCCCCUUUGUAGACAAGAUGGAGCCAUGCUAGGGCUACCUAACAUACAGAGAAACAGUUCUGGAAUUUAUGUAUGUACAGCAAAAAACUAUUACAACGACAGUUACAUGGGUGUGGCAAAUCAUUCAAUGGUUGUCGACGUACUAU